AUGCUGGAAAGUAUGGGCAUGGAAUGCAGCUUCCUCCUACAGAUAGGAAGUGCAUCUCGCAAUGAGGACGCAUGGAAGCAAUGCGAAGCCCGCCUGGAUGGCGAGCUGCCGUACUACGUUCCUUCGAAUUUCAGAUUCUCUGGAAAUGUUCGUCGCUACUAUGUGGCGGCGGAAGUAGUUCCUUGGGAUUAUGCUCCGACAGGUAGGUGCUUCCGGAAGAUCACAGAAUUGUUUUUCUAA